CCAAAUAUAUCCACUCACUUUCAAUAGCCACUCAUUUUCAUCUACUCUCGAAUAAUCAACCUUAAUAACAUGUUAUCUUAAUAUAUCUAACCAAUUCCUUAAGUUUGCAUCAAAUCUUCCUUUGUUUUCUUCUCCAAUUGUACCCAGAACGAGUCUUCAUCUCCUUUUAAAUUUGAUUUGCUCCAACAUCUCAUUGCAAAACAUAUCUCAUAACUGACAAGCAUGCAAAUAUAUGAGAACUAUAUGCCAUAACAAAAUAUCACAACUCUUCCACCAUAUAUGAACACUUGCUAUCCAUAAAAAUCAGCUUAUUAAUUCAAUACUUAAAAUAUACAAAAAAGAAAAAAGAAAGAGGAUUAUAAAGCAACCUUAAACUUCGGCGAGAACAAAAGAUAGUAAGACAGACAUCCUCUCCAUUAAAAAAAAAAAAAAAAAAAAGACAGACAUCCUGUGUUCUCAAAUACAUCUACCCACUUUCAAUAGCCACUCAUUUUCAUCUACUAUUAAAUAGUCAACCUUAAUAACAUUGCAUUUUAAUAUAUCUAACCAAUUCCUUAAGUUUGCAUAAAAACAUUUUACUCUUUCUUUGUUUUCUUUUCCGGUUGUAUUCAGAGAGUGAAGGAGCUAGUGUGGUAACACUUUUUUUAUUAGCAUUGUGCUAAACUAGUUCCAGCCGAUAGAAAUAUUUCGUUUGGAUGAUUUUUUAAUUUAAAUGAGUUGACCACAAUUAAUGAAGAAAAUGAAGGAUAAGCGCACGUUGGUCAUUAAUUAAAAUUAGGAAGUGGGAACUCACAUGUGUCUUGUGUUUUUAAUUUGGGAGCCCAGAUUGUAUCUAUACUACCCACUAAUUUCCUGUAGACCUUUGUUUGUUUAUAAUCUAUAAGUGUACCACUCAAUAAUAUGGAAUUCCCCUGAACAUAAUGUCAACCUCCCCCUUCCUAUUUGGAAAAUGCGGUGCAUUGGGAAGAGGUGGAGGACCACUAAACACUAAGAAACAACACCACAAAAAAAUUAUAAACCUUAGAAAGGAGGCCACAACCUCACGAGACCGUAAAGAUAAUAAAUCACACCUCAAACUCAUGAAUCAAACCACAAGUCUCAUGAGUCAUGAAACACAAUACAAGUUAGCAGACCACAAUUUUAUACAAGCACACCACAAGUCCUAUAAAGCACACCACAAGUUUAUUGAACCAAACCACUAGUCCAAUAAAGCAUACACCAAAUUUUUAACAGCCCAUCGCAAAUUUAUUAAAGUAUACUACAAGUUUAUAAAAGCACACCACAAAUAUUUUUAAAAUAGACCACAACUCUAAUAACCCACACCACAACCCUCACUUUAAUUAUUACAAGUCAACAACAAGGACUACCUGCGUCCAAAGUCCAAACCAAAGUGACAUUAUCUCUCUUCCUCUCCCGUUUUGCCUCUAUAGCCGCAGCGAGUUGCCGGCGAGGGGAAUGUCCUCGGAAAUUUGCUUCUCUAAUCUUCCUCCUUCCUUCUCUGGAAUCUGUCUUCCAUUAUGCUCUUCUUCUUGGUUGCGAUUAGGGAUAUAUUAACAAAAGCAACAAAAAGGAUAAGCACACAACAUAUUCGCUUCUCGAUAGAUCCAAUUUUUUAUUUUAACGUAACCUCGAAACAUGGUGUACGUGAGUUCAAAGAGACUUGAAGAGGGUGAGCAUGACAGCCUCGAAGUUGGCGAGGCUCUUGUCAGUGCGGAGUCUGCCGCCGACAACGUGAGAGAAGUAGGUACCGACGAUGACGAGGAGGAAGCGGAUAACAACAAGCUGGAGCUGGGGAUUUGUGAAUUGGAACGUGUUGUGAAUCCAUCGGCAGAGGUUGUUUUUUCUUGAGGAGGGACGACGAGAUGGAUCAAACGGCAUUAAGAGAGUUUGAAUUGAGGAUUGAAUUUUGAAGAGGGAGCUUGAUGGGGGAGUGGAAUGAGAUCUGAUGGAAAUUAACUUAGAAUGAAGGGGUCGGCUGUUAUCACUAAUUAGGCCAGGAGAAGGAAGGAGAAAUGAACAGUGAGAGUAGUUACCAAACACCCUAUAGUGUUAGCACUCUAUCCGCUCCCUUUAGAGAGAGUCAUUCAUCUCAAUUUAAUUUACUCCAACAUCUCAUUGUAAAACAUGUCUCAUAAGGGAUAAACAUGCAAAUAUAUGAGAACUAUAUGCCAUAACAAGAUAUUAGACUCUUUUAGAUUGAUCAUAUGAAGAAUUAAUAUCCGUAGAAUUCUCCGUGAAGUUUCUAAACUGGAGGCAGCCAAAGCCUUACAUAUUGGAGUUGAUCAUGUGCAUCACAUGAACAAUGUCCUUAGCAUGCACUCUCAACACACCAUUCUAUCAUUUUGGCCAAGCACAACCAACCCACCACAAUAUUUUUUUUAUGAGUUAUAAAGUAUAUAUGGUUCUCAAACUUCAAGCAUAAAUUAAUUAAUAAAAAUAAAGAGAAAAGUUCAAAUUUUUUUCAUGUUUUACUCUCUAAAGUGGUUUCAAUUAUUAUUAGAAAAUAUAAAGCGCCAGUUGAUAUAAGGGGUCCAGUAAGAUACGGUAGGGUGUACCAUAAUCUCCUGCACAAAUCCUAUCUGAGAUAUCAAUAUGAUCUCUUCCAUUGUUAGCCGUCUCGUUUCUAUUCUCCCUAAUGCUUCCCCCGGCGAUCAGAUUGGCGAUUACCCAAGCUUUCGUAUCCACGGUAAGCUCAUGUGAGCCCUUCCUCCGUCCCUUGAUCUCCUCUCUUUGGCGAAUCAAUUGGUGGAAGCCUUGGUCGAAGCAUGCAGGUGACGGAAAAUCUCCAUGCCAUCACCACCUCCAAGACUUCAUGCAAGUGAAUUUGAUUUGAUACAUACCAAAUUUUCCUUUUUUGAAUUUAGAAACCCAGCUCCAUGUCCCUUCAAAUGCCCUAAAUUCGUGCAUGCAAAACCCCCCAGAUCCAUACCCCUCUAGAUGCUUUAAAUUUGGGCAUGAAAAUUAAACACAGGAGAAGUUACCAUUUGCUCAAACAUCUCCAUCACCUUUCUGUUUACCUGUAAUAAUAAUAAAUCAACUUGUAUCAC